CGGUAGUAGGAAUGGCAUCGCGCGACGUGAUUGGUCGAGAAAGUUGGAGGUCCCUCCCUCUCUCCCACCUCGAGAGUGGUUUACGGCGCUGACGGUAGCAGCGCGUUCGGUCCGUUCCGUUUCCCAAAUCCGACAAUCCGCGACCGAGUCUCGAACGGGAACGAUCGUCGUACCGCUUCGCGUGGCCCCGCUGGGCAGCCUGCUGUUUCCGCGUACGGCGUGUCAGAUCUGACGUGUUGACACCACGCGUUCGCGCGAGGGUGAUCCGGCACGCCUGGCUCGUCCACUCCCAACCCACCGCGUCUGCGAAUAACGACGCGACGCCAGGACGCGAGGAGGCAAAUCAACCACGAUGUCGGCGAUCUUCGAUAUCGAGCUCCAGGACGCAGGUCUGCUGCACAGGGAUGAGUCGGAAGACGACGACGUCAUCGAGAUCGGCGCGGAGGAAUGCGUCGCGCUGCUGAACGUGAAUGAGAUCGUGGACUCGUCGGAUGUGGAGGCGGUGCCGAUUUUGGAGCAGAAUGUCGGACACGAGAAGAUCGGGCUCGCGGACUUCGAGUUGUGCAAAGUUAUCGGGAAAGGCGGCUACGGCAAGGUGUUUCAAGUGCGCAAACUAACGGGAAACGACAGCGGCACGAUCUUCGCUAUGAAGGUAUUGCGCAAGGCUUCAAUUAUAAGAAAUCAGAAAGAUACAGCUCAUACUAAAGCUGAAAGAAACAUCUUGGAAUCUGUAAAGCACCCUUUCAUCGUAGAUCUCAAAUACGCUUUCCAAACUGGUCAUAAAUUAUAUUUAAUAUUGGAAUAUAUGUGCGGUGGUGAAUUAUUCCGACAUUUAAACGACGAAGGAAUUUUCAUGGAAGAUACCGCACGCUUUUAUUUAUGCGAAAUUAUAUUAGCUCUGCAACAUCUCCACUUGCAAGGAAUUAUAUAUAGAGAUUUGAAACCAGAGAAUGUUCUAUUGGAUGCAGAGGGACAUAUUAAGUUGACUGACUUCGGAUUAUGUAAAGAGCAUAUACAAGAGGGUGCUGUCACACAUACGUUUUGCGGGACUAUCGAAUAUAUGGCACCUGAGAUUUUGACAAGAAGUGGACAUGGAAAAGCAGUAGAUUGGUGGAGUUUGGGGAGCUUAAUGUAUGACAUGCUUACAGGAGCUCCUCCAUUUACCUCAGAUAGUAGAAAAAGAACCAUUGACAAGAUUCUACGUGGUAAAUUAAUUCUUCCAUCAUAUUUAACAGCUGAUGCUAAAGAUCUUGUUCGAAAAUUACUAAAGAGACAAGUUGCUCAAAGAUUAGGAUCUGAUCGGUCAGAUGGUGAGCAAGUAAAAGCACACAAAUUCUUUAAACAUAUCAAUUGGGAUGACGUUAUAUCUCGACGAUUAGAACCUCCUUUUAGACCAAAAUUAUCCAGUAAAGAAGACGUAUCGCAAUUUGAUAAAAAAUUUACUGCUUCAGCACCAAUAGAUUCUCCAGUAGAUUACACUUUGAGCGAAUCAGCUAAUAGAUUAUUCCAGGGAUUUACAUAUGUAGCACCAAGCUUAUCGGAAGACAUGUUUGAUCAACAAUCGCGAUACAUAAGUACCAUGUCGCCACCACGAGUUGUAAAAGCCAGAAGUCCUCGCAAAGCAACCGCGUGUGGUUUCUCACCUCGGACGACGCAUCUUAAUUUCCACAAUGCACACUUACCAAGUCACACGCACAAUGUGGUUGGGCAUAACAAUGUGGAGGAUGCUGAAAUGAUUGAGAUAGGCUAACCAUUACUAUUGGACUAGUAGAUAGCAUUUCUGUCCAACUGCUGGAUAUUCAUGAUCCUCAGGGAGGGAUUUUAUAAUUUAGAGGGAAUAGUUAGGGAAUGGAUGCAAUAUCCAUUAUUAUAUUGGAUAUCCAGCAGUUACAUUUAGUAAAUUUUUUUUUAUAUCUGUAUUGAGUAUGAAAAUAUCAAUGCAUAGAUUAUCAUUUAACGGCGAUGCAGCAGGUAUUUGGUAGCACAUAGAGUAGUUGCAAUUUAAAUAUGAAUAAGAUGAACGAUAAUCUGCAAGAAAGUAUAUUAUUUCUCAAGUAGUUAU